AUGAAUUCUCUAAAAGAUAGGGUAUCCGUCUGCUCUGUACUUUCUGUUCUUGAACUGUCCGGUUUCUCUACCGGAAUCGAGAGUAAGAGGAUAUAUCUACAAAGUGCACAGUGCACAAGGUCCUCUAUUCCAAGUGAUCUCGAAGAUCUUCGUGCUAGUGGUACUUUUACGAGCGCUCUGACCCCGACUUUAUCGUUUGAACAUAAACCGUGUUCCAUCACUGCGAACAAAGAACACGUAUUCAGGGUCCUACGGGUUGAAAUCUUGUUAGUUCUUGCCUUACAGCAGGCUCGAAGAAGCCUGCGACUACGGCGUCAGGAGUUCGCGGGGCCCUCCUCAGAUAGAAGGGGCUCCGCACGAGAAGGGGCACAUAAACGUACCCCUGGAUCUGUCGUGGUGUUGUCCGCUGGGGGUGGCGGUGGCGGCGGGGGCGGAGGUGGGUGCAGACGCCGUGACUUGGAACGACGUGGAGGUGGCGGACGGGGGGCGGCUCCCUGCCUUUCCACCAUCAGCUCCUCUGUUGCGGGGAGCGCGGGGGGUUGUGGCCCUGUGGUGGGGCUCCCCUCCUAUAAAAAGCGUCAAGGUAGCGGUACCGCCUGGGGUCGAGGUAGCCGUGGUCGCGAUAGAGGUCGCGGGGGCGGCGCGAACCUACUCGGUUCAGGCGUCGCCCCCGCGAAUUACUCUUCAGGACUGCAGGGCGUAGCGCCUGAGCUACGGGAAGUGGUGAACAUCCUCGGCGAAAGGAACCAAGUUGGGACGUUAACGGGCGUGGGCCCGCCACCAGGAGCCCUAGACAGCGAUGGCCAGGGCGACGAGGAGGAGGGCACUUCAACGAAAAGACCACCGAGACCCCUCUAUAGGAGACUGAUCAAUUACGUUCGACAGGCCUGGACCGGCGUGAAAUUCGCUCUAGACUCGGAAUACGAAGAGGAACAGACGCCAAGAUAUAGACCUGACUCUUUGGCGAGCCUUUGUCGAGCUACGAGAUUCAGCGAGGCGGAGCUGAAGAGAAUAUAUCGUGGCUUCAAGGCAGAAUGUCCCACGGGAGUUGUCAGAGAGGAAACUUUCAAGUGCAUCUACUCACAGUUCUUUCCGCAAGGAGCCAAUACUAGCCAGUACGCGCAUUACGUUUUUAACACCUUGGACCAGGAUCAUAGUGGUCUUCUCAGUUUUGAGGACUUCGUCACGGGUCUGAGUAUACUGUCUCGUGGUUCCAUCGACGAAAAACUACGCUGGACAUUUUCCCUUUAUGAUAUCAACGGCGACGGCUGCAUCACGAGGGAGGAAAUGACGGACAUCGUGACAGCUGUAUACGAGCUGAUGGGGAAAUUUGCUGAUCCGAAUUUGGACCACGAGGGAGUACGCGAGAAAGUAGAUCGAAUGUUCCAGAAAAUGGAUGGGAACAAAGACGGAGUAGUGACGUUGUCGGAAUUUUUAGAGGCGUGUAGCGCUGAUCCGGAUAUUUCGACGAGUAUGGCAGCUCUGGACACGGCCUUCUGACACUCGGUGCGACCACAGUACACACCAUGGACCUGAAGAGAUUCUGUCGAUUUCGAAAUAAAUCGCUCAACGUUGUACCUUACCUCUUGGACCAGGGGAAAGAAUUUUCCGCAAAGGUGUAUUACGAAGAUCCCAAGCGACAGAGAACACGACACACUCGCGUUUACGUGUGCGAAUUUCCGGAGUCGACGCGUCUCGGGGGGAAGGGAAACGAUGUAGAUUUUUUGCUGUAAUUUGUUCGAACACGGGUAAGAGUGUGUUAGUCGCGUUUAGAAAACGAGAAAACCAAAAAAUAGGGGGAAAAGCGAAACGACACGUCGCGUCGCGUCGCCUUUUUUUCGGCCAAAACGAUUCAAACAUCGAACGAUACGCAGAAAUUGAUCUACCCGCUGCAAAAAAAAAAACAAAAAAAAACAAAAAAAAAAGAGAAACAGGUCGAAGAAAGCGCGGGAAAUUCUCGCGACGAGUAGAGAGAGAUUGCCCUUUCGAGAUUCGUAGUUUCUAGUUUUGUCCAGUAUGCGCGUAUCGCUAGAGUACGAGAGAUGAUUAGACGAGGGAAGAUUAAGCAAACAAUGAAAAACCGCAAAAAUAACGAAACAGAAGAAAGAUACUAUAUCGAUGGUUAGUAGUUGCGAUCCGUUUUGCAGUAGUUCAUUUUUGAGAAUCGCGCGCUACAAACGAUGAAUGAAAGAUAAAUGCAAAUUCAGAGAAACGAACAGAAUAUACACGGAAAGAUUCGUAACGACGAGGCCAAGAGAGAUGUUGGUGUUCAAUUGAACGAGCAAAAUACGAAUUGUAAUUUUGGUGCAGUACCACCACAGUGCGUCUUAAAAAUAGAGAGAAACGACGAAAUUUUUCCAGUGCAUCUUCGAACGCGAAGAAGUGAGCGUACGGUAAACUAUUUGACACUCAGUUAUAACAAUCGUACGCGGCAUAGUUCGUGCCAAAAAACAAAAAACAAAAAAAAAAAAUAUAUUUGU